AUGUCGCAGAACCCGUUUAUGGAUGUCAUACUCGCAAUUGUCUGCUAUCAUAAGGAACGCAAUGAAAAUUUCGAUAACGAAGCGGAACGAGAUGCGCACCGCAUGUUACGUGCUACUAUGGGUAUUGCAGCUUGCAAUUCCAGAAUGGAGACCUCCGGAAGAUCCACAAACAAACAGAACACUUUCUUCGCAAUUUCAUGUGUACUUUCUGCGGACAGCCUUAUGGGAAUGCACUCCAAUGGAGAGCAUGCGAAGCAUCACACGUUGCUGGCCGUGGACAGCCCCAGGUCCACUGGUAAACAAGGUACCAACUGCCAAAACCACCUUGUAUUUUGGUGCGGGCGUUGUGGCAAGGGUCUCAAAUACGAUGACCCGGCGAUCAAAAGGGAUCUCAAGCUCCAAGGAAUAGGGCAAUCACUUCGUCUAGAUCACAUACAAAAGCAUGUGUUGGAAGAUGGCGGCAUCCAUUGGCAGUGGCCUAGUCCGGGGGUGGGAUAUUUCUUAGGACCUAGCUACUGGCCGAAUAUCUUGGACCUACUCAGACAGUUCAUGGUGAUUACCUUCUCCAGAGAGAUCCUUAAACAUACGACGUAA